AUGACAGAGGAAGUGAGUUAUACUCUCUUCUUCCUCUUCAUCCUGGCAGCUCCAGCAGAAGUCGUUACUGGAGCUCAAGCAUUAAAUGCAUCAAUCAAUAAUCAAGCUGGUCGCACAAAUCGUGGUAAAGUACCACCGCCUCUCUUACGUUCACGUACACUACCUGCAAUAAUAGUUCCUGGUAUACCAGUCGUAUCGCUGCAUACCGAUAAAUCACCAUUUCAAUGGGCCACUUCCUCAGCAACAAAAUCAACCACAAGCAGUGGCAGCAGCAAUCGUUGGUCCAUACUAACACGAAACACAACAACGACAACACCAACAACACACCAAUCGAAUGCCUGGAACAACAACAAUAACAACAGUUUCAACAACAACAAUAAUACAUUGAGUAUAAAAUCCCUGAAUUUGCCCAAAGAUGAUGGAACAGUGGUGUAUCGUAGAAAAUCGUCGGGUAGUACACCACACGGUAAUACAACGACUCAAACACCGGCCGGGUGUGGUAGUGGAACACCCGAUGCGAAUAUGCCCUCCUAUGCAGGCACCAUGAAUAUCAGCACAGAUGAUUUUGAAUGCUAUGCGGCUGAUGGUUCAGUGCUGUUGCGAAUACCCGCACCGCAUGUUGUGGCUGCACGUGCCUAUCGCUUGGCGUCAAAAAAACGAACACAAUCAAUUUUUAGCAAUUCUGGUGGAGGUAGUGGCGGCGGUGGUGGCGGAGGCAGUGGUGGCUCUUCAACAUCAACCUCAGACAACAAUACACGUUGUUCCGGUGAUAAUACACCCACUUUAGAUGGUGGUUGUCAAAUUCCUGGUUUUAGUGUAUGUAGCAGCAGUGGUGGAAGUGGCUAUACUGAUGCCAAUAAUCUCACAACAUCCGGUUUCUCAACAUCAUCGACAGCAGCAACAUCAGCAGGAGGUGGAGCACCAUCAUCAUCAACAUCCUCAAAUACCUCAACGAAUACGGCAUUAACACGACGUUUAGCUAAAUUACUACAUCAAUCAAGCAGUAGUGUCUUAUCGAAGUCACAACAUCAUCAUCAUCACCAACAGCAGCAAUAUUAUCAGCAACAGCAUCAUUCACAGUAUGAUACAAACACGAUUAAUACAACAACGACAACAUCAGCAUUAACAGCCCCCCAACCAUGUGGUGAAGAUGCUCCCAGACGUCUCUCUUGGGAAAG